UUGUCUGAAAGUGACAUCCCUCUGGAGAAAGUGGUCAACCCUCGAAAAGAAGAAGCCCUAGAUGAAAUAAAAAGAAAACCCAAAACAAAAAAAGUUAUUUCCAUUCCGUUAACAGGGACGUCUAAAAAGAAGUUGGCGAGGAUUGCCAAAGAGCAAGAACAUGAUGGCAAGAGAACAACGACCCAAUACCUCAUUGAAUGUUCCAACAAGGAGUUCAACCAAGAAAUUGAUGCUUUCGUCCCUCGAGGUUCUUGGGUGAAGCUCUGCUCCGAAUUCUGGGCGAAGAAUAAAUACAAAAAUCAGUGGUUCACGAUUCGUCGGCAAUGUAAAGGAAUGCCAUCAACUUCCACUGAUACAAUCAAUUGGGAUGAAUUUGUUCCGAACAAGUUAGCAAAAGAAGUAUUAGAAGCAUUGAAAAGGAUGAACAUUCAUCACCCGUAUGGUGUUCAGGCUCAAUGUCUUCAUAGUUUUCAAUCCAAGAAUCAUUUGUUCGUUGCUGCUGAGACAGGAUCUGGAAAAACGCUCGCUUUCGCUCUACCUCUCGUUAGUUGGAUAAUACAGAAUCAGAAAAGAGAUAAAAUGGAAAAAGCGGUUGUUAUGGUAGCUACUGGAAGCUUGAAGACACAAGUUCAUUCUGUCUUCAAAGAACUCACACUAUCUACAAAUGUAAAAGUAAAGAUGUGUGAGAGAGGAGAUAAUACUACUGAGGAUUGGGAUAUUCUGAUAGGAACUCCAGGACUUAUUGAAGGCAGUUUGAAGAAUUUGAAAGAUCCAUCUUCGGUCAAACAAAUAGUUCUUGAUGAGGCUGAUAUGUUACUCGAUGAAGGCUUUACGGACGUUUUGACCGAAAUUUUUUCAAUCGUUCCAGUAGCCCAUUCAGAAACGAAUCUAACCCCUAGUCGAGAAGAAGGAGCUCGACUCAUAUUUUGCUCAGCGUCUUGUCCCGAAGAACUUGAGUGUAUCACAGAGGGUGUAGUUGAAAGAGCAUCUUUGAGCUAUAUAAAAAGCGAAAACCUUCAUGAACUUUCAACAAAUAUUGAAAUGAAGUUUAUAAGAUUGAGAGAGAAAGAUAAGCUUGAAUGUUUAGCUCAAAUUUUGGAAGCCGAUGUGAAAAGAGGAGAUCAUAACCAGAGUCUUGUUUUCUGUAAAGAUAGAAAGACAGCUAAGUUCGUACAUGAGUCUCUGGAGAACUCUAAGAUCGGGAACUCGUUGUGGUCUUCAGACUCAUCGGGCUCUGUCAUUGAAGCACAACGUGUUUUCGUUGCUACCGACAUUGCAUCUCGAGGUUUAGACUUGCCUCGUCUACGUCAUGUGAUAAACUAUGACAUGGCAAGACAUACUGUGGAUUUCUUGCACAGGAUAGGAAGAGUUGGUAGACUUGGCUCAAAAUUUCUGGGCUCGGUCACUUCAUUCGUUCGAACUCCAUACGAAGUUGAAAUGACGAAGAAGAUAGAGUUGGCCGCACGCUUACGGAAGCCUUUACGAGACAUAGAGACCGACGUCACAGCAAGAUUGAAGGAGCGAAAAACAGAAGAUGAGGAAUAA